AUGGCUGGUUAUAUGAAACCUGUAGACAGUUACAAGGACAAUGUUACCUGUCCUAUCUGCCUACAGAUAUUUACCUACCCAGUGACUCUUAACUGUAAUCACAGUUUCUGCCUCAAAUGCAUCCAAGAUCAUCUGAAGUACAAGUCAUCAAGUGAUAAUUAUACAUGCCCAGAAUGCCGUGUAGAGUUUGUAGAAAAGCCAAGGUUGCUUAAAAAUCCCACACUAGUUGAAAAAGUCGAAAACCUGUCAAGAUGCCAGGAAAAGAAAAUUGUCUGUGACUACUGCUUUGAGGAACCUGUGCCUGCUGCAAUGAGCUGUAUUCAGUGUGAGACUUUCUAUUGUGUGACACAUCUUCGCCCACACAAUGAACGAGCAUCUCUAAAGGAUCACAUUUUGGUUGAUCCCACAGAAGCUAUAUCUUUGAGGAAAUGUGAAGAGCACAAAGAAGCUCUUAAGCUUUAUUGCAAGCAAGAUCGUGCAAGCAUUUGCAGUCUUUGCAGUAUUAUAGGGAAGCACAAGAGCCACUCGAUCCUGACUAUAGAAGAAGCAAAAACUGAAAUCCAGUUGACUUUUACAGAAAACAUGAAACAGCUUAAUCUUAAGAGGACAAAAGCUGAAGAAGCAGUCGAACAACUGCGGGAAUUGAAUAGUCAGGUGCUAGCAGCAUAUUCUGGGUAUUUGGAAAAAGCUAUACACCAUUAUAAAGAAAUUAAAGCUCUUGUUGAAGAUGAUGAGCAACAGACUUUGCGGUUCAUUGAAGCUGAUCGACAGGCUGCCACUCUGUACAUCGAAACACAAACCAAAGACUGGUUGGAAGAGCUUGAUGAUAUAAAAAGAAUUAUUCAGCACAUAAAUGUCAUUUUAAAUCAAGGUGAUUCAUUCAGGUUUCUAAAGGGAGCAAACUGCAAUGAGUAUCGCAUUAAUGCUCUGCUAAAUAAACAAAUGCCAGGCAUUCAUGAAACUGUGAUUGAUGAUGGCAAACUUUCUUCUUUGAUCAAGUCAAUUGGCAAAUUCGCGAACAGUUUGUCCAAGAAUGACAUUUCGGUCAGAAAAGCUCUCCUGGCAUAUGCAACCACUAUUACUUUUGACCCUGUGACUGCAAAUGAAAAUCUUAUUCUCUCAGAAGACCGAACAGUCAUACGCUACACGGAUGAAAUUAUGAAGGCUCCAUACAGCCCCAAACGAUUUGAUGAUACUUUGUAUGUGCUUGGCUCUCAGGGUUUUACUUUUGGUAAUCAUUAUUGGGAAGUGGUAGUGAAAGGCAAGACUGAUUGGGAGAUAGGUGUUGCUUAUUCAUCUAUACCGAGGAAAGGCAAAUGUUGGUUGGGUCGAAACAAUGUGUCCUGGGCUUUGGAAUGCAGCAAUGACCAAUAUACUGCAUGGCACAAUAACAUACAAUUAAAAGUUACUGCCGACAGAAAACUGAACCGGGUUGGUGUUUAUCUGAAUUAUACAGGGGGAAUGCUUGUAUUUUAUGAUACAGAGAAAAUGGCUGUUUUAGUUUCCUUUUAUCAAAGGUUUACAGAAGCACUUUACCCCAUUCUAAAUCCCUGCAACAACAAAGGAGGAAACUUUGCACCUCUUACUGUCCUACAACUGAAAGGAAUCGGCCAUAUUUAG